CCUUGAAUAAUACGAAAAGGCUGAAAUAAUGAAUAUGGAUAAGGUGUUUCAAAAGAUAAAAUACAUUAUACCACUGCUAAACAAUUACUUAUUACUUAAAUUGUUUGAUAGUACCAAUACAGAAGGUAUUUAUAUAACUAAAAGAAUUUAUAAGCCUUUCGACGCUCUCAGUGUUUGCACGAAUUAUUCAAAUAAAAUCAAAAUGACGACCAUUAGUGAGUGCAGUGGAGAUGACAUAUUAACAGUUGAAGAUUUAAAAUCGAUGGUACGCCAUAGUAUCAGAAAAAUAAUUUGCAAAGAAGAGUUAAUUACGUACAAAGUUAGUGUAAAAGAUCUUUCAACUAAUGGAGGAAAUUACUUUGGUUCAUUGCAAACGGUGACCGUAAAUGGUAAAACGAAAAAUGGCGAAGAAAAAGAACUAAACAUCUUUCUGAAAACUAUAAUUCAGGCAUCAAAAAACUUUCCAGUUUUCAGUGUGCCUAAAAUGUACCAGAGAGAAGGAUUUUUGUACAAAGAAAUAUUUAAAUAUUUUAAGACAGUUGAAGAUAAAUAUAACAUACCACAUGAAGACAGACUGAGAACUGUAAAGGUAUUCAGCGAGACGAAUAGCGAGGUAAUAAUUUUGGAAGAUAUUACUAAACUGGGUUUCAAAACAAACGACCGAUUCGAAGUCAUGCACAUGAAAUUUGCAGAAUUAGCCAUUGAGCAACUUGCAAAACUGCAUGCGGUCUCUUUUGUAAUACAAAAUGAAGAUCCGAAAUAUUUUGAAAACAACAUAAAGUCCUUACAUUCGUUAGUACAAGUAAAUUCACACACUCAAGAUCAUCACAAAAGAACAUACAACAUAGCUAUAGAGACUUUAGAAGAUGAAGCAAAAAUAAAAUUUGAUAAUUAUUAUCCCACAAUAAAAGAGAAAUUUUUAAAGAUGUACAGAAAUUCAUCUGAAGGAGCUAUUUGCCUAGUUCAUGGAGAUUAUCGACCUAACAAUAUAUUGGUGAAAGACGUUGACGGAGUGCCCUCUGCAGUGUUUCCUGUCGACUAUCAGCUCGCAAGUUUUGACAAUCCUAUAUUGGACUUUAUAUUUUUCAUAUUCUUAGGCACCGAUCAGAAAUUUCGUAAACAGCACUUGGAACAUCUUAAAAAUGUGUACUACAGUAAUUUUGAGAGUUUUUUGAGCAAAUUUGGUGUUGAAGCUGCGAAGGUAUAUUCAAAGGAACAAUUUGAUGAGCAAUUCAAAGAUAAAGUGGACUUAGGAUUGAUGUAUUUCUUAUGUUUCAUGCCUUUUAUUUUCGCCCGAACCGAUGCUGUCCCCGAGUUAGAUAAUGGACUCGAAUAUGUUGUGCCUUACAACUUGGAUGAGUGUUACAAGGACAGAUUGUACGGAAUCGUUGAUGAUUUGAUACAGUGGGGGUAUAUGUAAACCUUACUCCUUUAUCGGAUGAGUUGCAUAUUAUGCAUAAAUAUCUAGACGAACAAAGUAGCAAGUAUAUUAUUAUUGCUCUUAGAAAAAAAACAAAAAUUGUAAGUGUAAAUGUAAUUAGUGUAGCUGAUGAGAACUAGUUUUCGGCUGCUCUUUAAAAUAUUAUAAAUAAAACCUUGCCACAAA